AGCCCGUGCCGGCUCGGACCAGCCGCCGCGCCCGCGAGGGGAGCGCCCCGUCGUUUGGGGGCGCUGCGUAGGGGGGCCGGGGGUCGGCCCCCCCCCGGCCCCGCGGGUGGAGGAGGGGAGGGGGGCGCCGCCGAAUGGGACGGCUCCUCAGGCGAGCCCCGCGAACGGCCGUGGCGCUGUCGCUGGGCGCCCAGCUCCGCGCCCCACUCUGCGUCGCGCGGGAGGACGAUGGUGCUCCCACGACGCCAUCGAGUCCAAGUUCUGGUGGUGCCCGCCGUGCCAAGGGUCAGACGUUCGAUCACGGACGCGCUGGGCCUGGCCCCGAGGACGAGAUGUUGGGCGCGCUGGACGACAUGGUGCUGCGGGCGCGGAGCAAGGUCACGAGCCUCGCGCCCACCGCCUCGCCCGCGGACGACGCGGCCGCGUCCCUCCGGCCGGCGGCGGCGCCCGAUGAGGCCGCCAGCAGGCAGCUCGCGCUGGCCGCGCGCAGCGGCUCCGUGUGCCAGUCCGCGGACGGCCAGGG